CAAAAUUUUGAGUUUUAAAAUUUAAGGUUCUUUAUGAUUUUUGGAUCCAUUUUUCGGUUUUUUCAAAAUUUGUUUAGAUCAGUAAAGUAUUCGAUUAUGGGGGAUUCUGCCGAUGUAAAAUCGGAUAUAAUAAGCCAAGUCAUAGUACCCCCAAUACCAAAACUCGGCGACUCCCAUCUGUACUGGAUGUGGCGAAUGCUCAUUAAGUCAUAUCUGGCUGCUAUAGGACUUUGGUCCCGAGACCUUCCGAAAGAGAGCCCCCACACAAAGUUUGUACUCUUGAGCACCUUAGAAAUAUGGGUUUUAAGAAAGGAGUAUGAUGUCAUGACCAGCAGGGCUAUUUUCGAAGAUCUUGAAUAUCGAUAUGCUGCCGGUGCUAGCCGAAACACAUCAGUGGAUAGCAUUUUAUAAAAAACGCGCAUGUUCCAGUUCCAGUUAUAAAGAUUGCAUUUCUUAAAUGUUCCUUGGAUAUAGUAUUUAAACCUUUCCAAUUCGACGGCACCAAUCUAUCGUAAUACUCUAAAUUAAAAGUGUUUUGUAAUAAAAUCUAAAUUCCGUAAAAA